AUGCCCAAGAGGAAGGUCGGCUCCGCCGAGGGGGCGGCGACGGAGGAGCCCAAGAGGAGGUCGGCGAGGUUGUCAGCCAAGCCGGCUCCUGCAAAAGUGGAAACGAAGCCAAAAAAGGCGGCAGGAAAGGAUAAAUCUUCAGACAAAAAAGUGCAAACAAAAGGGAAAAGGGGAGCAAAGGGAAAACAGGCUGAAGUGGCUAACCAGGACACUAAAGAAGACUCACCUACAGAAAAUGGAGACGCUAAAAACGAGGAGAGCCCAGCUUCUGAUGAAGCCGGAGGGAAAGAAGCCAAGUCUGAUUAA